AUGAUUAAGAGCAGAAGUUUGCAGUUAAUAUCUGUUUUGAGGACAUGCAUCGCUGUGGUUGCUCUAAUGACGUUUGGAAAUGCAUUACAAUGUUUUGUUGAUCCAAGUUUUUUGAAAAAUAGACUAUACACAAACGCCAAAGACGAUCGUGGUCUUACCAGUCGGAUUGUUGGUGUCUGGACUCUAAUUACAGCAAUUCUACGCUUCAUUUGUGCAAUAGACAUAUAUAAUAAGCCGAUAUUUGGAUUAACACUUUUGUCAUUUUUUGUGGGACUCGUACAUAUACUGGCUGAAAUAUUCCACUAUAGGACAACAGACCUGAUGCCAUCUUCUUUAAUACAGAUAACUGUUUCAGGGAUAUCAAUAAUUGGACUGGGCUUUGGCUACUUAUUCCUGGAUAAAUCAAAAACCAUCCAAACUAUGGAAGAUAUAGAGGAUUCUAAAAGGAAUACAUAUUCAAAAUAUACAUUUAUGAAACAAAAAACAAGUUGAUAUUAAAAUCUUCUUGUCUUAGUUAGUUUUUCAAUGGACUCAGAAGUUUUCGACUUCACACUCUGGCUUGUUGAUUAAGAAGUGACAUGUUGGAAAUAAAUCAACAUUGACAUUAUAACAGGCGGGUUAUAUGCAUUUCAGGCUAAUUUAAGAUCUAGAUCUGUUGGAGUUUACCAUAGAUCAAUCAAGACCUAUUGCUUCACUUUUUAGCAAUAAAUUUCCCCCCAAGCAGUUUAUGCAAAAAAUACUCAAAUUUCAAAACCUACAAAAGUAAUGUUAAUCUUUUUGAAAAACAAAAUUUAUCUGAAAUAAUAGCACAUGUUAGUAUUUUGUCAAUUAAUAGAUAAAAAAUUAGAUGUAUUUAAUAUCAUUUUGUCCUUUUCCUGGAACAAAUGUUAGAACAGGGAUUUCCACCCAAUCUUUUCCUGGAACAAAUGUUAGAACAGGGAUUUCCACCCAAUCUAAAAAAAUAUUCCUCCAUGUUAGAAAAUGGUAUAAAUAUAUUCCUGGAAUCCUAGAUUAAUCUCAUAUUACUCAUAAAUGUUUGCAUUAUUUGUGAAAU